UUCCCCCCCCAUAUAAGGAGAACCGAGUGAUAUCAUAUGGUCGCUUUGGGAAGGAGGCACACGCUGUACUGAGAGAGGGAACCAGCGACAGUAGGGGAAAGGCUGCUAUUUAUUUUUUUAUUUCCUUUCUCGCAGUGUUUGUGUCGGGGAUGGGAGGCGAGAUAGAGUGACAGCGAGAGGGGGGACAGGAGGAGGAGGAAGAAGAGGGGAGGAGGGGCAGGAAGGCACGCUAUAACUGCCUCGGAGUCGCUACUACAGGAACCAGCAGAGGAGGAGGCGGCGGCGGCGGCGGCAGAUCCUCGGGGCGCGGGAAAGACGCCGAGCUGCAGUGGAAAAGGAAAGGAAAAAAAAAAGAAAAGAAAAUGGAGAGGGGGGAGGAGGAAGAGGGAGGCGUGUGGAGGAGCGGCGGGAGGAGGAUGCGGCGUCAUUAAGUGCAACAACCAAACUACUGGAGCUUCAAGUCCGCAGGUUCUUGAUGGAUUUAAGUCAGGACUUUGGGGAGACCAGUCUAAAACCUUCAUUCUGGCCUGAUGGAACCAUUUCUUUACCUCGUCUGAUGUGUGUUUGGGCUCAUUGUCUUGUUGAAACAUCCAACUGUGUCCAAGAUCAACCUUCUGCUGAUGGUUUUAGGUUUUCCUGAAGAAUGUGGAGACUCGGACGCCUCGUGUGACUCGACUCAGCCCGACUCAGCCGGCCCUCGCUGACCAGGCCAGCAGGGUGUCCUUCGCCUCAGCUGAAAAUCUGGAGACCAUGUCUGAGCCUGACAUCCCCAUCGGAUUCAACCGGAUGAACCGGCUUCGCCAGAGCCUGCCGCUGGCCCGUUCGUCCAGCCAGGCCAAGCUGAGAGCGCCAGGGAUCUUGUUCCUCCAGCUGGGGGAGGAGACCCGCCGGGUUCACCUGACCCACGAGCUGACCAGCCUGGACACUCUGAGGGCGCUGAUCGUGCACAUGUUCCCCCAGAGGCUCACCAUGGCCAUGCUCAGGUCUCCCAGCACGGCGCUGCUGAUCAAAGACGAGACCAGGAACGUCUUCUACGAGCUGGAGGACCCGCGGGACGUGCAGGACCGCUGCGUAAUUAAGAUUUACUGCAAAGAGCCCAUCUAUGGCACCUACCCCGGACACCACAACCCUCACCUGGCCAACGGAGACCUCAGAAGGGAGAUGGUGUACGCGCCCCAGGACUCUCCACCUAACCGCCGCCUGAGCAACCCACCCAUGUCUUCCCAGCAUUCAUCGGCCUCUGCCUCGCCUCCUCAGGGCUCGCCGUCUCGAGCCCGCCUGCUCUACAGUGGCGGUAGACCCUCUUCCUACGCCGGGCCUCCCCACCACACCCACUCCCUGCCUCACCCGCACUCCCAGUCCCACCACUCUUCUCCCCACCAGCAGCCUCAGCUCCACCAGCCCCACCACAACCAGCCGGCCUUCUGCGCCUCCUCCAGCGCCAUCCUGGAGCGCAGGGAUGUGAAGCCCGACGAUGAAGUGGGGGGUUCCAGGAGCAUGGUGCUGCUGCGGGGAGAUGAGCGCGGUGGAGGUGGGAUCUACGCGGACCCAUACUCCCUGGGCCCGGACACCAGUCGGCUGAGUCUGGCCGGAGGUCCUCACUCCCCUCUGCCGGCCAGAGCCGACCCCUACGGUUCCUUAUACCGACGUGGAGGAGGCGGUGGAGGAGGUGGUGCCGGAUCAGUGCGUUCACUCACCUCCUACUCUGCAGCUGCUUUACAAGGAGAGCUGAUGGAAAGUGGUGCCCUCUACAGGCCAGGAGGUCCGCUUUAUAAUGACGCCUAUGCUGCAUCAGUGUUGGCAAUGGGGCUGCGAGUGCCACCACCAUCCUCCCCACAGAAGAUACCCGAUGUAAGGGAUCCUUACGGAGGCACCAUGCCAGCUCGGGGUUCACCUGGCAGGCAGAGUUUGAGAAGAGACUCUGUGACAUCCUCUGUGUUCGGGGAUAGUCCUAAAGCCCGGGGCCAGGGUCCAGGGUUGGGCCUCACCUCUGAACAGCUCUGCCUGAUGGCUGGAGGGGAAGGAGGUGGUCCUGGAGGCUUCGGUUCACCUCUGCUGGGGAACGAGACCGAGACCAGGGAACGGAUGGAGGCCAUGGAGAAGCAGAUCGCCAGCCUGACCGGUCUGCUGCAGAGAGUCCUGAGCAGAGCGCCAGAGGCAGAAAGCCCGGAGAAGAUUGAGUCAGCCAGUGACUGCUCAGGAACUGACACUGGACGAACUAAAAAAAAGAAAGCUUUGACUCCAUCGGCUCCUCUGGCGCUGAUGCCGCCUCCACCUUCAGGACCCAACCAGCCGGUUCCGGUGUCACGUCUGCAGAUGCAGCUCCACCUACAGGGUCUGCAGCAGAACACCAACGCUCUGCGUAAACAGCUGUCACAGCUGCGUAACAUGCAGCUGGAGAACCAGGACUCAGUUCUGUCCCUGCUGAGGCAGACGGAGUCGGAGCUGAGUCUCAUGAUGCUGGACGCCAUGCGGACCCAGGAGGACCCUCUGCAGAGACAGCGCCUCCUGGUGGAGGAGGAGAGACUCAAGUACCUCAACCAGGAGGAGCUGCUCAUCCAGCAGCUGCACGACCUGGAGAAAUCUGUGGAGGAGCUGCAGAGGAACUCGUCCGUUAACCACGGCCUGGUGACGGAGCAGGACGUGGAGCAGAAGAGCAAAGAGCUGAGGAUGCUGGGAGAAACGCUCACCGAGCUCAAGAACCAGUUUCCCAGCCUGCAGAGUAAGAUGCGGGUGGUGUUGAGGGUGGAGGUGGAAGCUGUGAAGUUCCUGAAAGAGGAGCCUCACCGCCUGGACGCCCUGCUGAAGCGCUGCAACACCAUGACAGAUGCUCUCAGCACGCUGCGCAGUCUUUUGUCUCCGCCUUGUAUGUUCAGACAAGUGACCGAAGGCGUCUGGAAGAGUCCUGAAGACGUCUCCAACCAGCAGAAGAGAUCCGACGACCUGAACCGAAGCUCCGACCUCGACAUCCUCAACAGCCCUCCGCUCAGCCUCACCGACCUCAGCACCAGCGCCGGCCUCGCCAACUGGAUGCCCGUCACCGGCGGCGACCCGGACGCCUCGGGCCCCGAGCAGGACAACCAGCCCUCCAUGACCUUCAGGAACCGAGUCCUGGACGAGCUGCCGAGCCGACGCCCCGCCGAUAAAUCCGUGUCGGCCGAAGUCAGACUGGCGGCUGAGCGGGACUGGGAGGAGAAACGAGCCAGCUUGACCCAGUUCAGCGCUCAGGACAUCAACCGGCUGCUGGAGGAGACCCAGGCCGAGCUAAUGAAGGCCAUCCCGGACCUGGACUUCGCCGCCAGGCACAUAAACAAGCCGGUGGUGCCCCCGAAGCCCCAGAUCACCAUCCCCAUAACCUCCACCACGGGGUCGGCCCCCGCGGCCGGAGGAACCGGGAGCUCGGUCGCCGCCACCACCACCAUGACCACCACGCCCAGCGGCGACCCGCAGCCCGGCAAGGUGCAGCUGGCGGCCCAGAAGCUGAACAGCAUGGAGGGGGCUGGUUCUCAUCGAGGGUCGGUGGACCUCAGUGUGGCCAGAUAUCGAACAGAAAAACCCUCCAAGUCUCCUCCUCCACCUCCUCCUCGUAGAAGCUUCCCGUCGGUCCACGGCAUCACCACCAACCGAACCGGUGAGGUCAUCGUCACCAACAAGAACCUGAAGAUGGAAGAGGACGGUGAUUUACCUAAAACUCUGGUGAAACUGAGGCGGACCCCCUCCGACACGCCCCGACCGGCCUCCACCCCCCCAGUGAUCGCAGCGUCGGCGAUUCAAGACGAAGACGACGAAGAAAAGAUCAUCGCCGAGCUGGAGAACAGCAGUAACUCUCCAGGCCCGACGAAGGGUCCGACCGUCGCAGCCCGGCUCAAACACCUCCAACAAGGCAGCCUGGAGAGGCCCAAGACCCGCAAGCAGAAAGAGGAUUUCCCCAAAGUCCAGGGUCAGCAGCAGGUAUUCCACUUCUAAAAACCUCUGACGCUCCGUCUGCCUCUUCCUCUUCUUCUUCCUCUCUGCCGUCACUUCAAAGGAAACUUUCCCCUCUGCGACUCCUGCGAGACGAGAAAAAAAAAAAUCUGCAUUAGGCCGAACCAGCAGACGAUUCGAGAUCACACGCUAACCAGAGGGGGAGCUAUCUUCAGAUUUUUACCACUUCUUGAUGUGUGUUUUGACAUUUGAGUUACUGGAUCUAACCUAGCUUGCUUAGAGAUCAAGUUCUUUGUCGUACGAGUCUGUCGAUGUUUUGAUUUCCUGAGGAAGGGUCUUGGUGGUGCUUGUGACUGAUCAGACUAGCUUUAUCAUAAUAGUCACAUCUGUUCAUCCUUUUUGCCUCCCAUUAUGUGGAAUAAUCUCCAGUAAUGCCACGGAGCGAUUUCACAUCUCAAGGUCGAAGUGAGGAUAUUUUCACCCUGAUCCAGCCACGUUUUCUCCCCCUCAUCUCCCCGUCUUCUCAUCCGUUAAUUACCUCAUGCUGCUCUUUUUCUAUCACCCAUCUUUGAAACCUGGAGGUUAGCAUGCAGCAGCAGUCGGAAGGUGUUUCAGACGUCGGCGUUCUUGGUAAUAAACAGCCUGAAACGUUCACAUUCCAGCCAAGAGGCCAGUCCAUUAAGCUGCGUUGCUUUCCUUUUAACAGCUGUAAGGUUACGACUUGUUAUGUAAGACGACAAGACGGAGGAAGAAGGUGGAAGGUUACAGAAGGAUGGUUUUGCAGAUUUUAGUUUAAUGUCUGCUGGGAGCAAAUUUAAAGGAGAGCAGUGGAGAAAAACAGAAAACAGGAUGCAUAUCAAAGCAAAGAAAGGCAGUGAGGAUUAAAAUCUUCUCAGUGCGUAUCUGAGAAAUGAAGUCGAGUGGAUUUAUAGCAAUGAAAUAUUCAGUUUCAAGGUUAUUUCAGGUUUUAAAAAUGUAAAUGAUUUCCCUUAAAAAUCCCAAAAUUCAGGAAUAUUGCCCAGCGUUAAAACAUUUGGAUGCAAGUUGGUCUUUUGCAUCUAAAAUUUCAAAAGCAGAUCUCAGGUUGUUUAGCUUGUAGCGAUUAAAUUUAGAUGCCAAAACUUACAGUAAAAAAUUCAAAAUUGAGCUUCCAUCAUAUCAGGUUAGUGUCUCUCGAUCAUGUUGCCCAGAAAACUAAAUAUAUUCUGUGAAUUCAAACCAGUGAAGUAUUUUUCGAACUAUCGCUGAACCUAUUAGCCUUAUUUUUAGUUAAUAACUCAAAUAUUUUACUAGUCAUUUUCAUCUGUUAAUUGUUUGAUCUAGAAAUACAUAAAAUCACGUCACUAUUUCCAAUUGGCACCUUCCGGUGUCCUGUUUCGUCCAACCAAAACCCCAAAAUCCUAAAUUACUCACUUUAUAUUUAUGUAUAACAGAGAAAAACAGCAACGUUUGUGGCAAUUAUUUCUUGAAAAUUCUAUUUCUCACAUUUCUUUCCUCCCACAAAUGCCCUGGUAAUCCCCUUCCUGCACACACAGACAGAACCACUGGAACUGAAACUUCAAAUAAACUUCCGGACUCAGCUGUUGGUUUGAAUGAGGAAGCAACAAACACUUCCACUUGAUUUUCUCACAGUCGGCGGUGCCCUGAUGGUCUACAAAACUGUGACAUGUAACCAUGACUUGAAAGAGAAAGUGAUGCAUGGGAACUUUUGAGAUUCAGCACAAAACGAUACAAAACAAACUCACAAUAAUUCUUUGCAAACCAGAGUAUUUUGUGAGUAUUUGGUACAGACUACUGCACUUUAAUUAAACUCUUGCAUUGUGAAGGAAAUAGCUGCAUAAAGGGCUUUGCACAGUUCAAAAACCAGUCAUGUUGGCCAGUAAAUUACAAAAGUUUCAGUAUUUUUAUUCAGAAAGGCGACGUUAAGAUGCUUCCAAGCUAUUCUGACUUAUUAUUUGUAGACUAAGAGUAUAAAUCUUCAAUUUCUGCCACAGAUUUCAUGCCAUAUUUUCCUCUUACACCAUCCUCAUGUCUGCAUUUUCAAGAUUCCUUUUACUACAAUAAAAAAACAACCUCCAAGCUGCAGACUGCACAUUGAAUAUAAAAGGUUUUGCUGAUGAUGCUCUCGUUUCCCCAACAUUAUUUUACAGGAGUUCUGUUGCAAUGUGAUUAGUUAACCCUCUUAACCCUGAAUAGUGUGUGAGCAUUUUUUGUGCAUUUUUUCUCGCUGUGGACUCAUUUUUCACUGCAAAAUAAAGUCUCACACCUCUGCGGAAACAAAGCAACCAUGAAGAUGUAGAGAAAACUCAAAAACAUGGAUUCUGUACAGGGUGACGCAGUAAGAAAGACAUAAAUCAAAAAAAAAGAAAAAAUGGAAGAUGACUUUCUUUUGUUAUUUGACAAAGUUGGAAAAAAUUAGAAAUAAGAUGUCCAACAGCUCUCCAAAUGUCCACAGGGGUUACCAAUACUGAGAAAAAUGGUGACUCUGUAUACUACAGCUAUUUUACUGCUUACAUUUGAUAUCUGCUUUGUGUAAACACUGCCUAUAGUUCAGCGAAAAACUGUUGGUCUCAGCUAAGUCACUCCUGGUUUUUUGGUUGUACUAAGAAGCACAAAAUACUUUCUUUUUUGGAGAAUCUGUUUAGUGCAAGUGGAUCAUUUUUGGUGAAUUGAUAUGAAUUUGAUGAAAGAUAUGUAGAAUAAAAUGAUUUUCGUGAUGAUAAAAUAUCACAAUUUUAGGUUUAGAUUUGGAUCAUUUUCCUGGCAGAAUGCUAAAUCACAGAUGAGUACUUCAUGGUCUGUCAGAAAGCUGAAAAUGUGAAUUUUUUUCAGCUUUCACAGUCUGUUGAUCUGAUAAAUGGUGCAGUUUUGGCGAUUUUUAAGUUAAAAUGUCUUUCAUAUCUGCUGAAACACGUUGGGGUUCAGAGGGUUAAACGACAAAGACUUCCAACCCAAAAUUAUGCACCAAAUGAUCCUCCAGGAGUGUUAUAAGAAUCAAAACUGAGUAUUUAAACCACCGCUUUGCUGCUAAACACACUGUGAGGUUCAGGUGAGAUGAAGGAGGCCGGUCAGUGUGAGCAGCAGGUUAAACUCUCAGCUGGUGAAUACUAAAGCCGGCGGCUAGAUGUGAAGCUCUACUCGUCUUAUCUGCUGCUGCAGACGCUCCCGGCUGCCUCGGACCUCGGCCACCGUCCUCUUUUUAACAAAAAACGGCUUUCAGAAAAUAAAAGGGAGACACAUCCAGCUCAGCCAGGCGGCCUCAUCUGCACCCCCAGUCCUUAGCUCCAUUUUUAGCCACAUUUGGAGCCAUUUCAGGGCCAUGGUUUGAUUAAUUAAUUUAACACUGAGAGCAGCCCGUCCACGUGAGCCCAGAUGUGGUUUGAUAUGUAAAUGUUGUGAGUCGUGUAUCAGAAAGGACGGCAUCUUUUGCAAUACCUCACAUUAGCAGCAACAGCGGUUAGCACAUGGCUAACAUGUCUGACCUCCACUUGACACGCGACGCCAUCUGGGCAACUUCCUCCACAAACACUCAGCAAUGAUUAAUAUUCAGACUGUGUCCUCAACUGGUCUGAAUAUUAACUGAGUUUAUUCAUUUCUAUUUUUUCUUUUUAAAAAUUCAUGAUUUGAUCCAGACGCAACCAGAAAGCAAAUAUUGUUCUGUCUUUAACACGGAUAUGAUUUGAGAUAAUGUCAUCAAACACGGUGUUAUUAUUCUCUUCCAUUAUCCUGUUAAACUGUCGUCACAGGCUGGAUUUAUCUGUAGAAUUGUAACUUUAACAUACAGAUGAGUAAUUAUAUAGAUUUAAAGCAUCUCUGUGCUGCACAAAUGAAGCCCCACGUGUCCAAUAAAUCUGACACAGUUAAACAGUUGAAUACAAAAAAGUUUUAGAAAAAUUAUACACAUUGAUCAGAAGCUAGAGUUAGCUGCCAUCUCAGUCAUUGUAAUUGCAUUUUUAUUAUUAUUAUUAUUAUUAUUAUUAUUAUUAUUUAGUAUUUUUUCACUCAUGACCUGUUGUGGAUAAAAGAUGUUGUGCAGUAAAAUCCACUUCAAAGGCAAAACACAUUAAAUACAUAUUCAUCUAACAACCUUAAACUACUUUGACUGUAUAAUUAGAAUUCUUCUGGCAUUACAAUAUGUACUUCAUUUGAAAACAGUGUUUCAGACUCACAGUAAAUUAUAAAAUGGAGCUAAAAACUAAAAUCUGUAUUACUGUGUAGCUGCUGCAUUCUAGCUUUGUAAUCUGGUAUCUCUGCGGCUAACUAAAGCUAAAGCUAAAUGUGAAUGUAUAGAUUUUGAACUAGUUUUCAGUCCUAACUGAAAAUGACCCAAUUUAAUGAACUCUUUUAAAAUUUUUGCUUUUUAUUCCACAUAAAGUAACUGGGUGAGGCAUUAAUUUAGCUAAUAUUGAAAGCAGUCAUGCCAAACCAACACCUGCUAAAGCUAACCUGAAGCUAGCUAGAUUAGCAGUAGAGCUGCAAGGAUUAAUCGACAAGUUGUCAACAAUCAAUUAAUUGCUUCGAGUAAUGUUUUAAGAAAAAAGUCAAAGAUUUCUGAUUUGCUGCUUCUUAAAUUGGCUUUGUAAUCUGGUAUCUCUGCAGCUAAUUUAGCUAUAGCUAUAUGUGAACAUAUAGAUUAUUGACCAAUUUUCAGUUGUAAGUGAAAAAUUAACUUUUUUUUAAAUUUUAUGUAUUUUUUUCCACAUAAAGUAACUGAGCGAGAUGUUAAUUUAGCGCAUAUUGAAUGCAGUCAUGCAAAACCACAGCUAAACACCUGCUAAAGCUAACCUUAAGCUAGCUAGCCUAGCAGUAGUGCUGCAAGGAUUAAUUGACUGAAAUAAUUGCCCAUUAUUCUGACCAUCAAGUAAUCGGUUCAAGUAACGUUUUAAGAAAAUUCUCUGAUUGCAGCAUCUUAAUUUUGAAUAUUUUUUCUUUUUUUGUGGACAAAAGACAUUUUUGGAUGUAAUCUUCAGUUUUGGGAGACAGUAAUCCACAUUUUCAUGAUUUUGUGACAUUUUAUAGCCCAAAAUACUAAGCAAUUAAUUAAGAAAAUCAUCAACAAAUUAAUCAACAAUAGAAAUAAGCAUUAUUGCAGGUCUACUUCUUAGUACCUGCCAUUGAUAGCUUUUGGUGUCAUAAAUUGUUGAUUUUUCUUUUUCUAUUCAGUUGUAUAUAAAUGCUAGAAAUAGUACUCAGACUGACAGAACCUACUUCCUCUGAACUGUAGUCAUAAAAUAAUCAAAAUAACGUUCAUUUUAUUUAACAAUCUAGUUAAAAAUGGACCAGAACGAUCAAAGAACAGCAUUUUUCAUUGAAUUCAGUGAAGGUUAUCUGAAGCAGAGUGCAAUAUUUAAUGUUUAUAGAUAUUAUGAAGGCUGUUUCACAAUGAUUUGUGUAAAAGAGGUAAAAAUAAUCAUUCUAAAGGAAGUAAAAUUAUAGCUUUGCAACCUUUAUUUAAUGCACUGUUCUUGUAUUUAUAGUGUUUUGCUUUGAAGGCUGGUGUAAAGUUUGUCUUGACAGACAACAAAAUCUACAGGAUAUGUGAUCAAAACUCUCAAAUUUCAUCUCAAAAUGACAAGAGUUAUCAUUUUCUUGUCCUGUGCAGGCUUUUUUUUGUCAUUAACAGUGGUGUAGUUGCACUUUGUGUCUUGUUUAUUUUAUGGGUUUUUGACUGAGAAGCUGCUGCUGUGCUGCAUAAAAAAGGCGGAGCGCUUUAAAAUCCCUGUUCUUGGCUGGGUGGUGCAGCCGUCUCUGCUCGUCCUUUUGUUCCUCAGAUGUAGCAUCGUCCCCCCCGAGGCUCCAGCAGCACCUCGUCACCUCAAACUGUUUCCUUUUCAUGGUUCAACUUCAGCUGUUGUCAAGCUCCGAUUCUUCCCCCUCGUUCCCACACAGCGACAGACGACGUGCAGGAGUCGAGUGUUUAUUGUUCGGGCAGCAUUUUUUCUCCAGGCGUUACAGUCGUGUUCAGUCUGCAGAGAAUCCACAUUCUGGUCCAAGUAGUCAGAUUCUGUUUUGAUCUUUAGAGACAUUAUGGCACUGUGGAUUCAUACUCUAAAGGAUAAUUGUGAUUUAUCACGACUUGGGUUUCAUUUUGUAGUAGAAACAGGAGUUACUGAGAAUCUGACGGGUCAAGAAACACAAUUAAGUUGUAAACAAACCUCCACGGUAGCUGAUUUUAUUUGUUAAAGAAAACCAACAUGAAGGUUUAAAUAUUAGUUUCUGCUUCAACUUCUUGUUGUAAUUGUGUUCGUGGAGUUUUUCUGUACGAUGAGGAAUCAUUACCUGCAUUUCAGGUCGGCCCACUUUGGCCUUUACUUCCAAACAAAACAGAUUUUAGAGGAAACUUUACCUUUUUGUUUGAUCUCUGUUUAAAUUCAGCUUUAAAUAUUUGCAGGCAGCUGAAGGUAAAAACUAAUUAGUCUACAGAUCGUUUACAUGUGGCAAAAGUUGCUCAUUAAACAACACUAUGAAAUAAAAUAUACAAAUGCAAACCCAUAAACUAGAAAUAUAUGAAAUUUUAAGUUUUUAGGUGUUAAUGUUUUGUAUUUAAAGAAUUUACCAACCUUUUAAAGACAUUUAUACCCUCUUUAUCAAGUAUGGUUAACAGAUUAAUACCCUAAAUAGACAUAAAUGAAAUGUUUAAUAUGAAUUGUCACUCUUGAGAAGAUAAUCUGAAUAGAUUUUAUUCUGUUCAAUAUUUUUUGCCGAGCAAGAGUCACUUCAAUUAGUUAAGGGGCUCCAGAUGAAUUAAAAUAAUGAAGAUAUGGCAAUAAUAGUGUUUCCAUAGGACAUUUCCAUGCAUAUUUUGGAUUAGUGCAUCAGAAAAGGUCAACAGAAACUGCAGAAUUAGAAAAAUUGGUGGUGGAGACCAAAAACAGAGCUACAAAAGUUAAUAAAAUUCAUUAUGUGGCUCCAAAUGAAUGAAUAUUGAGAAGAUAAGUCAAUAACUGUGUUUCCGGAAUGUCUUUUAUACGCUUUUAAAAGUAUUGCAUUUGAUAAAGUUAGUAAAAUCAGCACAAUUAGAGAAACAAAACACUGGUGGAGACCUAAAACAGAGCUACAACAGUGACCUAUAUUCCUCAUGUGGCUCCAAAUGAAUGCUAACUGUGAAUUGUGUUUCCAUGACGCAUUUUUAUGCACAUUUUGAAUAUCACACUAGAAAAAAGUUGAUGGAAACAACACAAAAUUCAAAAAUACUUCCUCAAUUUUGUGAAAAUGUCUUUUGAGAGAAAAUAUAAAUUACAAAAUUCUUGACAUUUUGCAUUUCAGAUUAACAUGCAAAGGUUUUGUAUAGAUACAUGAUCCACAAAAUUAAAAGUAGAGUUGAAAGAUACUUUAAUUACAACAUUAACAUGAUAACCUUAUCAUUUCAGUUAAAUUCAUUUGUUUGCUUUUAGUUGUUGAUGACUUUGAGAGCUGUAUUUCUAUCAGUAAAGUUUAUUUUUGAAGCGAGUUGUCCGUCUGCAGGAAGACUGAGAUGUUGGCAGAUCUCCAAAGUUAUUUAAAAAUAAACAAAAUGCACAAAAUGAAACCCAAGUAAUGAUAAACUCUUUCAGCCUGAGUUUACCUGACGUCCUUGACAGAUUUGUCUUCCUGCUGUAAACCGUCAUUAAUCUUCCUGAUGUGUCUUUGAGGAUGAACAAACCUUCUGUGAGGUCCGUGGAGGUGUGAUGGAGGAAGAUGUUCACUGGUUCAUCAGCAGCUUCACUAGUUUUUACACUCGGUUUAUUUAUUUGGCUCACAGAGGAGUUUCCUGCUGCUGCUGUAAUUUACAGAAACAUCAGAUGUUUUUUCAGCAACAGCCGGAAGAUUCGACCAAAACAGAGCUGUGGUCAGAGAGAAACUCUUGAGAUAGAUAGAUAUGAUAUAGGAGAGAUUCCUGUUUUCUUCUAUUUCACUCCUCAUUUCCUUUAUCCAGCUCUCAUUUCCUUUCCUUAUCUCUACUUUUUGUCCUGUCCUUCCUCCAUCUUCUUUCUCCCAUUUCCUGUUUUUUUUCCUCCUUAUUUAUUCUCCUCUUCCUUUUGUCUAUCUUCUGUCCUUUCCUUAUCUUGUCUCGUUCUAUCUCUUCUACUUUCCUAAUCUCAUCUCCUUUUCUUAACUCCUUUCCUUUUCUUAUCACUUCCCCUUUUCAUAUCUCCUCUCUUUUUAUCUCCUUUCCUUCUUUUGUCUCCUUUUCUUAUCUCAUCUUUCUCAGCUCCUCUAUUUUCCUCAUCUCAUUCCCUUUCCUUAUCUCCUCUCCCCCUUCCUUAUCUCUUAUUUCCUUAUCUUCUCUGCUUUUAUCUCUUCUACUUUCCUAAUCUCAUCUCCUUUUUUUAACUCCUUUCCUUUUCUUAUCUCUUCCCCUUUUCAUAUCUCCUCUCUUCCUUCUGUUGUCUCCUUUUCUUAUCUCCUUUCAUUUUACUGCCUCUUCACCUUUUUUGUUAUCUCCUUUCCUUGUCUCAUCCCCUUUGCUUAUUCCCUCUCUUUGUCUCUUUUACUUUCCUUAUCUCAUCUCCCUUUUUGUCUUCAUCCUCGUUUCAUUCCUUUUCCUUUACAUAUCUCCUCUUGUUUCUUUGUCUCAUCUCUCCUUUCCUUAUCUCCUCUCUCCUUUUCAUCUCCUUUCCUUAUUUUCUCUCCUUGUUUUUUCUUCUUAUCCUCCUUUCAUUCCAUUUUCUCUUUUUAUAUCUCAUUUUUAAUCUCUCCUUUCCUUGUCUCCUUUUCUUAUCUCAUUUGAUAUUCCUGUCUCUUCUCCUUUUUUUACAUUAUCUCCUUGGCUUAUCUCAUCUCAUUUCCUCAUUUUCUAUUUCCUUCUCUCCUCUCUCCUUUUCUUAUCUAAUCUCUUUCUUAUCUGUUUUUCUUAUCUCCUUUUUUCCCUCUCUAAUCUGAUUUCCUUAUCUUCAAUCUUUGUUUUUUCUCCUUAUCUCUCUUUCACACCCUUUUCCCUUUCCUUAUCUCCUCUCCUUCCCUUGUCUCCUUAUUACUGUUUAUUUUUUCUUCUUUCCUUAUCUCCUUUUUAUCCUCCGUUAUUCCUUUCCAUCUCUUUAAUCUUUUCUUCCUCCCUGUCUUGAUGUCCUCUCAUUUCAUCUUUUUUAUCUCCUUCCUUGUUUCCUCUUCUUAUUUUACCUCUUCUUGCUUCCUUGUUUUCCUCACCUCUUCCUUCUUUCCUUGUCUCCUCUCCUUGUUUCCUUCGUUCUCAACAUUUCUUUCCUCGCUCUGCAUCACACAGCAGCAGCAGAAAAAGAAGCAGAAGAAUAAAAUCUGAAUGGGUUCAGGUUUUGUGUCUUUCAGCUCUGACAGCAGCUCUGUGUUCAUAGUUUCUGGCUGUUUGCAGCGCAACACAUCUUCCUCAUCUUCCUCAUCAUUUUGCAGCGAGCACGAGGGCCGUCGUCAUGCCGAUGCACCGUUGUCCAAUCAGAUGGAGUCUUGGUAGCGCGUGGUGGCGUCUCAUAAAUCACAAAUGAAACAUUUAAUAACAAAACAAACUUGAAAUACAUUUGUCUGUUUGUAAAUUUUCAUUUUUGUCUUUUUGUUCCUUUUCCCCUCCCUCUCACUGCUUCUCGUUCCCAUUCAAAUUUUUCCUUUUGUUUGCUCUCGAAUCUCCUCCCUCCCUGCUUUGCUUUUACUCGGGGCAGAGCUGAGCUUUUUGUCGCCACCGUCGUCACAGCUGAAGUGGCGCUCGCUGAUCUGGCCAAUCAUCAUCAGUUUCGCUGACGUUUUCCUUCACUGCUUCUUUUGGUCCGUGAGCCGACUUCUUUUUCUUUCUCCUCUACUUCUUGCUUUGCCCCUUUUUCAUCCUCUAUCUGCUUCUCAGGUCUCUCAGGUCUCGGCCGGACUAAUGAGGAGUGAGUACUCGCUUCAUUCUGGUUGUUUUGGACUCCUGAUUCCUAGAUGUGAGAUUUUGUCAUUUGAACAAUUUGCGUGACUUCACGAGCUGAAGGUCACCAAAUUACUCAAACGGGAGUGUGUAAAAAUGAUGAAAUUUCUUCUUUAAUCACACUGUGACUAUGUGUUGUACGUUUGGAGGAACCUGCAUCAUGAAGCAGUGUCGGGAAUCCUCCUCUAACUUGUUUGCUGCAAAUCCAUCUUCCACCGUAACCAAACACAACAUCUGUGUCCCAAUUCCACACUAAAUUAAGAGCACUCAAAAUAGUCUGUAUGCAUAUUAAAAAAGGCGAAUAUACAAACAAUAAAGCAACAAAAAAAGCUGCCAGAAUACUAAAUAAUGUCUACGCAUGCUGCUGUAUUACAGGGCUUUCCUUAUUAUUUAUAUUAUUCACAGAUACAUUGUACACUGAUUCACAUUCUGAGCACAUAAAUCAACAUGAACUACUUACAGCAGCUGCAGCCAAUCGUGCUUUUAAUAGAUAAUAUUGUCCCUUUAAUGUGAAAUAUAAAUGGCUGGUAAAUAUAAAGUUAACUCCACACAUUUUAUUAUGACAUGUGAGAGAUGGAUAAAAGAAAAAGUAAGCAGCAAUGUUGGAGAUGACCUUUAGGAACAUAAAUAUGGGAGUUUUUGUUCAUGUUUUGAUUAAUAUUGGUGUUUGUUUAUUUACAAUAUCUGAAAAAUAGUCAUCUUGCAGCAACAGUCGCCAUUUUUAGUCACUAAUUAAUCAAGUUACUUUGAUCUCAUCCACUGCAAUUCACCACUCUGAGGCUUCCCUGUUGUUAUUUUGCCUUCUGCGAAUCCUCAUAAACUUUUGUUUAUAAAUGUACUCUAUAGAUAAAGUUAUUAUUAUUACAUAUAGGAUCCCCCAUUCUUUGUUUAAAUCUGCUGUCACACUGGUGUUGUAAACAGACAUUUUUAUCAGCAUUUAAAGUUGUAAACAUGAGUAAUGACAGUUGGUUAACUGUACUUAACAACGUUAGCAUUUAUUUAGCAUUUAUUUAGUGCCAUAUUACUGGUGAUGCAACAAAUGUAGCUCCAAUAUUUGCCAUAGGUUUAGCUCUGUUUUAGUUUUAACAAACUUGGAAGAAAAAUGUUUUUUGGCGCUAAACUUUUCAGUAGCUACGUGUUAAAUUUGGUGCUCAGCUGUUAGCACUGGCUAGUUAGCUAUUAAGCUAGUUAGGCAGAAGACACUUCAAAGCUUUGCAGAGUUUCAGGCUUACAUUCUUUUAACUCAGUGUUAGCACAAUUAGUAAUGCUAGCUUCCAUUGUUAUGAUUAUCAUUCACAGUUAAGCCCUAAAUCAUUCAUAAUCGUGUGAAUUUUGGAUGCAAAUUUAAAAUAAUUUCCUUAAUAAUUGGCAUUCUAAUCAAUAAUUUAUGUUUUGCGCUGUUUUAGUCAACAAAUAAGUGAUCUGGGUAACUAGGAUUAGUCCUCAUCGAUGCAGACUGUUGUUAAACACAUUAUCUCUGGCUGGAGGUCAUUAAUCAGCACAGACAUCUCUGUUAUGGUUCCCAUUGCACUUUAUGGUAACGUUAUUGUACCUGAAAUGUGUAUUAUUUAUGAUAAUGAUAUCAGAUUGGAACUUAAUAUCAAGCGAUACUAAAGAAAAGCACUCAGACAGCACAGUACUCCGCCAAGGCUGCUCAGUCAUUGUAUCAUUUCCGACAGAUGAAAUCUUUAAUAAAAAAUUACCUUGCACUGAGCACAGGUGUGUGUUAUGCAUGUGUACGUUAUGUACGGAUACCGAAUUGCAUGACCUAAAUAUGUAGUACAGUACAUAUAAAUCUAAUUAGUAAUAUUAGCUUAAUCAGUUGUUCCUUGUAUCAUUUCAUAAGGAUAAGUCCCGAUAAGUCCACAGCAGUGGAUCUGUAGUAGGAUCACAAUCAUGUGAUCAUCAGCAGGCAGCUGAUGUAAUAUUCACUUGUUGUCAUAGUUACAGUGACACCGUGCUGCUACCUGGUAAUGAUACAGAAAUCGUUAACAAAUCCAUGGAUCCAGACUACAAAAGGUCCUCAGUUCAUGAUGUCCUCGACCUACAGCAUUUUGUGGUUACGUUGCCAUCUUCAGUCUUGUUCCAUCAUUCCGGUGUAUGCCACGUUAAAACAAAUUUCGCGCAGGAACUAGUUGUCAAGUAGAGCAGACGAAUACAUCGUCACGCAGCGCUAUACGAGGAAGAUGACUUUGUUUACAUUCGCCGGUUGUAUGUCACAGCAUGUGAGUUCUGAUUUAUGGCAAAAAUCGAGUUACAUCGCACCGUAGGAAUGGAAUUCUGACGUAAGUCAAGGACCCCCCAAAAUAAGCCACAUCACAAAUCUAAUCACUUGUGUCAUUUCUGACCCUGAAAAUUUCAUCCAAAUCCGUUAGUCCAUUUUUGAGUAAUGUUGCUAACAGACAGACAGACUGACCCACACAGUUCCCACUAAAAUUCUGACCCGUAUCACAAUACCUGUCAAAAAUAAUAGUAGUAUCUCUGCAUGUUGUAUCAUUCUCUUUCAGCCUCAUACCUUGUCAAAUUAAUCUCAACAAGAAUGAAAUAGAAGAAAUUUGAGAUUAUUGAAAGUCAGUAAAAUCUAUCAAAAUUAAUUAAUUUCAAUCUCAAAAUGCUCCAAGAGGCUUCAUUUGUGUAUUAAAUCAUAUUUUAGUUUCAGUCUUUGUCUCCCAACUUCCAAUUUUCACUUACAAAAUUUUGGAUUUUGAUUUGAUUAGCAUUAAACUGUGUGGAAAUCUCUUGGAUAUAUUCUCGGAACUCACGGCUACACAAAAUAAUUUUACCUGUUAAGUUUCAGUAAAUUAGCUGGAAUAUACAAGACCUGUAAAAUUAGGAUUCUAAUAUUUAAAAAUCCAGCAAAAACAAAAAAAUAUGUUAAUUUAUUCCUUAUUACCAGCAAAGUAUUUGCUAACUGUGACAGUAUUUAGAACAUACAGUUAGCAUAAUGUGUGAAAUUGGGACACAGCUGAUGUUUUACUCACAUUUUGUUCACAACAAUCUGUGUUUUUUUUUUUUUUUUUUUUAGAGUUGAACCCUUUCAAAAUGAAUUUUUAUUGAAAGGUACCUUGAAUGUGGCGAGUUCGUUCGGAUUAAAACCCAGAAAUCUAGAAAUAUAGUAAGUUGUGAUGAAGGAUGAUGGUUUCUGUCGUGUGAAAUUAAUCUAAAAUGACGAGAUAAAUAAUCCUGCACACUGUGCUGCUGUCGGAAAUCUGACUCUGAGUGUGUAUUUAUACCACUGACAGAAAUGAAAUCAGUAUUUACAUUUAUGGAAUGUAUUAGUAAUCUCAGAGAUAGCAUUAAACGCUAACACGGAAAUAGAAAAAAAACGCAGUUAAAGUAUAACCUGAACCACUUCACAGAUAAAUUGUAUGUAUAUUAUAUGACCAUUUAGUUUUUUGUUUUGAAGAGGUCGCUUUAUUAACAUGUAAAAAAGAAAAGUGUCAUCUAUGUUUUAUAUAAUCAAGCUUUUUUUGUAUUUUUAUACUUGAAGAAGAGGAUUCAUAAGCAUGUAACACAUUUAUUCUGUAAAUUAUUAUUUUUCUGCGUUGGAGAUUCUUUUAUUUUUUCUGCUGAACCAUGAAACAAACCAUGAUCACACUUUGUUGUAGAGACCAGGAGGUGCUCCGGAGGGUUGUGAUGGACAGAAAUAGUGCCACCGCAUUUAUAAAAAGCACAUAAAAACGAUCACCUCACUGAUAGGAAGCCCCAUUUUGUAGCUGUUAUCCUCUAUUAUAACCAAUAGUGUGCGUACACUACACAGAUUAUACAGUUUAUUGAUGGUUUCUUGAUGAAUGUGUGAUUGUCCAAACCAUUUGUGGAUGUUAAAUCAUGUAUAUAAACCCAAAUAAUAUAUUAUGAAAUUGAUUUUAUGUGAAAUUUUUAUAGAAGUUAAAAAAAACAAAAAACUACUACUCCAAAAUGGCAUGCAUACUGUAUACAUUCCUGGAAAAUCUGCACGCUGGGUCAACAGAGGUCUCAUUUUCUUGUCAAUAAUUCUGUGUAUACUUGUGAGUGUAUGAUAGAGUAAACAAAAAUUGUACAGUAAUCUAGAUUUUUGUAUUAUGUUCAAAAUGGGUAGCCCCUUUUACUGUCAGAAUAAAGAAAAAAACGACUACUAUAACCGUCGAGAAAGAUAUCUGAAUGAUAUUGUAUAUCAACUAAACGCUGUUUCCUCCAGUCUGAGAGUGAUGCUUGCUGUGUGGGGUAAGUGUUUGUGAAUUGUGAAGAAGAAUGACAAAACUACUACGAAGUCAGUAUAACUAAAGACCAACUAAACCGUGCAAAACACAACGCAACUUCGUGUAUGGAACGUACAAGUUGCCACUUCGUGUGAGAAAAAUCAAAUGAAAAGGUUGCUGCUUUUGUACAUUCCUGUUGUGUUUUUGUGACAAUAAAGGUGACCCUCUUAUACAUGA